AUGGCCUCAAUACCUCCGUUGCCUCCUACCCAGCCUGGAGGGCUAGCUACUAGCCCUCAGAGCGCGUCCUCUAUCUUUCAACACAUCCACGAAAUGUCUUCAAAACGCAUCUCUACCUUGGAUUAUUUACGCAAAGCCCACGAAGGCCGAGUAUACUGGUUCAAUACUGUCAAUUUCUCGAGGAACGAUCUCAUGCGGAUGCCUUACUUUGACCCCCGAAAGCUCUCCCGUCGCGCCAUUAAUUUCUUACUCCUCGGACUCUCGCUCCCCCCGAUAUUAGACGUGAACUCGACCCCGCUGGAAUACCUCCGCGUUCUCCAUGCGCUCCUGAUUGAAUUCGAGACAUUUCAACAAGUUCAUUCUCCAGAAGGGAACUUCUCUUCCAAUCUGGUGCGAGCAAGACUACCCCAAAUGUUCAAGAGGGCUACAUAUACUGGAAAUAAGGCUAGGAGAGCAAGCUCGGCUACAGAGAUCGGCCUGCCUAUGCAGUUCAAUGACUCGUCCGACGUCAAGGCCAUGACGGGAAAUCUUGCUUCUUCGGCCACCGCAGCAUCUGCGGUCACAUCAUUCCCUAAUACUGACUCUUCAGAUCUGCUUCCCGGCGAAGAAUAUACGUAUCUGUUAACACCAUCGCUGCCGUUUGACCCUGACUUCUUUGAAACGUUUGUCACUCUUUGCGAUGUCUUGAUCGACUGCUACACCAGGCUUAUCAGUCUGGUUUCAACGCCAGCCGUUUGUAAUGCCGCUUUGGGGGAGCUUUUCACCAAGACUGAUACGAAGCUACGCAAAGUCAUGGUCACGGGAGUCGUUAGAGAAUUCGAAGACGCAAGCAGAGGCGGUGCGAAGAGCGAGAUUGGCGGGGUCAGUAGGGUUGUCCUUGGUGGAUUGCUAGGAUGA